GGACGGCAGUUCCGCAUUCCUGCGCCCUCCCAGACAUGAUCAGUACUUAAACGGGCUGAUGCAACGACUUUUAGUCCCCAAACCUACAUCCGAUUCACAACUCCCACACCCUCCCACAUUACUGCGGAUUUUGGACGCAUAACAGGUGUGAUUGCAGAUUGAAAUAACCAGAAGUCAUGAUGCUUAUUUACAGCGUCCAAACCCAACUGCACCAUUGAUAGAAGAAGACUGCCAAUUUGUCUCUGACGGCGGUGGCGGCCGGGUCGGACAUGAUGCCGGGACAGAUACCUGACCCCUCGCUGGCGGCAGGCUCCCUGCCCAGCUUGGGCCCGCUGGCGGGCAUCUCGGCCACCACGCUGACCGAUCAACUCAAACUGGCUGAUUUCCGCCAGCUGGGUGCCAUGCUCUCCCCGCUGCAUUUCCUGGGGAGGCUGGGCAAGAGGCCGCUGACUAUCAAGACAGAGAUGGAUGAGGAUGAGGAAAGGAGGAAACGAAGAAGAGAGAAAAACAAAGUGGCAGCAGCGAGAUGCCGAAACAAAAAGAAGGAAAGAACUGAUUUCCUUCAAAGGGAAUCGGAGCGCCUGGAAAUGGUGAACUCGGAGCUAAAGGCCCAGAUCGAGGAGCUGCGCUUAGAGAGGCAGCAGCUCAUGGUCAUGCUCAAUCUGCACCGGCCCACCUGCAUCGUGAGGACGGACAGCGUCAAAACACCCGAGAGCGAGGCCAACCCCCUGCUGGAGCAGCUGGCUACUGAGGCCAAGUGAAACCAGGAAUUAAAAAAAAAAAAAAAAACACAAAAUCUUUGGAACCCAAACUAGCUCCACCAUGGCAGCCAUUUUGAAAUGAAAACAAGAAACGUAACUGGCAAUACAUUUCGAAAUAAGCACUUGAGCUCCAAGCUGGAGACUUUCGGAGACUCUGCCCAAAGACCUGAGGUUGUCAGGCUUCCUCAGUAUUGCUACAUGAGCUGGCUCUAUCCAUUGGAGGACUGGAAAAAUCCAGUUUCAUCUCUGCAUUAAGUGUUGUUGUUGACACCCGCUGUGCCUCGUUGUUACUUCAACCAUCUCUACAGAAAGGGACCGAUGGAAAAGAUAGUGUACGACUGGAAACAACAUUGAGAAAAGACACUAAUAUCAAUAUGGUGCUCUGUUACAAAAAGCCCUGAGUAGGUUUGUAUGGCAUUGUUUUGAUGUAGAGGCCCACAAAGGCUUAGUGUUCUGCAGUUUUCCUUUGUAUGCUAGCUGAAAUAUACAGGGGUAGUGUUUUUAGGAUUGGAUAAUCGAUACAUGUACACCAGAUGGAAUAGAGUUUUUGUUUUUAUAACAUUGAUUUUUAUACCCUGCCUUGACGAUGGCAGUUAGCGGUUGAUCCGAUCCGUGGUGACGCUGGCGUCAUGAAAAGCACAUAUACACAAAAUGUUUACACUCUUGUUUUAUUUGCCUUGUUGUCUGUCCAUUAUUGUACUUGUUUUAUACUGCUUUAUAUACAUAAACAUAUAUGAAAUGCU